CGAAGUCCUCCGUAAAGGCCAAAUUCUGAACCACUCCUUCAAGCUUGUUCAACCUCAAGGUCCAGAAUUCUCAGAUAAGCUUUGCUCCGAGUGAAAGCAAGCAACUUUUUUCCACAGUUUCCAUGGAAAAGCUUAUGUUCCACCAAGUUCAUACGCCUCUGUUUGCCCUUCUUUUUUUUCUCCUCCAGUUCUCAUCCCUCCAGUUUCUGUCCAUGGCAGAUUACUCUCUACCAGAUAAGUAUUUCAUCAAUUGCGGCUCUGCUACAAACGUCUACACCGGCCAACGGAAUUUCGUCGGGGAUUUGAAUUCCAGUGACUCGACUUCCAAUUCCAUUUCCUUUACGGAUCAGAACAGAGUCGCGACUGACAGCAAGCAGUCUUCAACUGCAUCACCUCUGUAUCAGACAGCAAGAGUUUUUUUGCACAACUCUUCGUAUGAGUUCGAUAUCGACUCUAUUGGUACUUAUUUUUUUCGCCUCCAUUUCUUUGCUUUCUCCUCCAUAAGUACUCCAACAGAUCUCUCCACAUCGCUUUUUGACGUCUGGACUUCUGGGUUCUCACUGUUGCUUAAUUUCACUGCCAAAAACAGUAGCGACUCUCCUAUAAUAAAGGAAUUCUUACUUAGCAUACUCAAUCCUGGCAAAUUUAAAGUGUAUUUUGUUCCUCGGGGAUCAUCGUUUGCAUUUGUAAAUGCCAUAGAAGUCUUCCAUGCCCCUGACGAUCUGAUCCAUAAUACAGCCCUACAUGUUACUGCUGCUGGAAGCACCAAUGAUUCUUACAAGGGUGUGCUGUCUAAGGCUUUAUACACCAUUUACAGGAUAAAUGUUGGAGGCCCGAAAGUCACUCCGGAAACCGACACGCUAUUGAGAAACUGGGUUCCGGACAGCGACUACAUCUAUAAACCAUACAAGGCAAAGGUUGUAACCCAAUAUUCCAGUAGCCCUGAUUACCAACCGGGUCUUGCCAGUGAGUAUUCUGCUCCUGCUAUUGUCUACCAGACUGCGCAAACGAUGGAUAUCAAUUCUACCAGUAAAUUCAGUCUGAAGGUCGAUUCAAACGACUUUGGCGGCACGAAUGUCCCUUUUUUCCUCGACGUUGUGGUUGAUUCUGAUAAUUCGGGAAUGAUGAAUAUCAAAAUAGGCCCUAGGAAUGAUUCUCCUGUAACAAAUGCCUAUCUUAAUGGGCUAGAAAUAAUGGAGAUACUGGAGACGUCGGGUUCAGUUCCUACAGUGAGUGAGCGCAAGAACAAACAUCUUUUUCUUCUGGUUGGUUCGGUGCUUGGAGGGUUGGUUCUAAUCUGCCUUUUGGCAGUUGGCUUCUUUUUGGUUUUCAAAUGCCGGAAGCAAAAGCCAGUGGAAAACUCGGACUGGUCACCAAUACCUGUAUUUGGAGUUGGGAGUACGCACAACAGGGCGACUGAGGGAACCAUAAAUGGCUCCCUUCUGCCUAAUUUUAAUCUCGCAUUGAAGGUACCUCUUGCAGAAAUCGUAUCUGCGACAAACAACUUCGACACGAGGUUGCUGAUUGGUAAGGGUGGCUUUGGGAAUGUCUAUAGGGGAACUCUCAGAAAUGGCCAAAAAAUUGCUGUGAAACGGAGUGAGCCAGGGUCAAACCAAGGCUUCCCAGAAUUCCAAACGGAAAUCAUGGUUCUUUCCAAAAUUCGCCACCGCCAUCUUGUUUCCUUGAUUGGGUAUUGUGAGGAGAGAUCUGAGAUGAUACUUGUCUAUGAGUUCAUGGAAAAAGGGACUUUAAAGGAUCAUAUAUAUGCUUCAGAUUUGCCUCGUUUGUCUUGGAAGCUAAGGCUUGACAUAUGCAUUGGUGCAGCAAGGGGUCUUCAAUACCUCCACAAAGGUUCUGCUGGGGGAAUAAUACACCGUGAUGUCAAAUCGACUAAUAUCUUGCUUGAUGAACAUUAUGUUGCUAAAGUUGCAGACUUUGGCCUUUCGAAAACAGGUCCUCUUGAUGAGACCCAUGUCAGUACAAUUGUCAAAGGCACGUUUGGUUAUCUCGAUCCCGAGUAUAUUAGGUCCCAACAGUUGACGGAAAAAUCUGAUGUGUAUGCAUUUGGAGUGGUUCUUCUUGAGGUGCUAUGUGCACGGCCAGCAAUUAAUGCCAUGGUUUCCGGGAAGCAAGUGAAUUUGGCUGAAUGGGCAAUGCUCUGCAAGAAGGAAGGGACGCUUGAAGAGAUUGUUGAUCCUUCACUCAAGGGUCAGAUUGAUCCAAACUCCCAAAGAAGAUUUAUUGAGACGGCAGAGAAAUGUUUACAAGAAUUAGGUGCUGAUCGCCCCACCAUGGAUGAUGUGGUCUGGGACUUGGAAUAUGCAUUACAGCUCCAGCAAACUGCAAUGCGGAGAGAACCACACGAGGACAGCGCAGUCGAUGGUUUACCAGGAUUGGCAUUGCCCAAUGUACAGCGGUUGCCUUCAGUUAGCAUUACGAUGGAUGAAAGCGAUAUGCCUCUUAUGAUGGAUGAUGGCUCCUACGUUAAAGCAUGUGAUGUUUUUUCCCAGAUGAAAAUGGAUGACGCCAGAUAAUGAAACUUGGUCUUUCUGGUCUAGUAAUAACGCAACUUUUAAGUUACUUGCCUUACAAGUUUGUUAGGUAUGCCUUUGUGAAGUCAAUUUUGAAUUUUGGGUUUUGCUAGCAGUGCCUCUGAUUCGAACAUGUUUUAGGAGAUCCUAGUUGAUUUCCUCAAUAUUGCUGAUAGCUUUUUGCUUGACUUUGGAUGAUGGACAGUAAUGUUCCGUUCGAAGUGUUGGGACUUUCACUCUCUCCUUUUGUAUUUUAUUCUCUCUUAAAAACAAUUGUAAAGAUGUGUUAUAUUUCUUAGUAAGUUACCAAUUCCAAAAGAGGGAGCCGGAAACAGGAUUCUCUCUUGCCCUUUCUCUCAA